AUGGGAUGUGGCAUGGCUAGCACAGUCUCAUCUGCCAUGGGCAUGCGACCAAAGUUUCAACAAAGAGGUUUUAGUUUGCACACAAGCCAGUUUGAGAUGGACGCCUCACUCCCUUCCUCAUCCACCUCUCUCGUGCAUUACAGAGCAUCUGCUUCCUCCUCUGCUUCCUCUUCUGACCGUGUUCCCUUACUGAUGGAUGAUGCCGAGGAUAAGAAGUGGCCUGAAGCAGUUGAGAGACAUUUUAUUGAUAUCUUGUUAGAAGAGGAUGCUAAAGGGAAUAUGCCCCAAGGCCAGUUCAAGUCUGGAACUUGGACAACAGUUGUCAAUGAGUUUAACAAGCGUGCGUCUAAAAGUUACACCAAGGCACAACUUACACAAAAAUAUCAACGACUGAAACAGAGACACCGCACAUUCUCCCAGCUCAUCGCACGUACAGGAAUGGGAUGGGACCCCAUUUCAAAUACGGUGACGGCCAGUGACGAUGCUUGGGCUGCUGCAUUUGCGGAUCGUACUACCUCGUUGACUCGGGGUACGCAAUAGGCAGUGCAUUCCUCCCCCCACACAAGUCCACACGCUACCAUGCCCAAGAGUUUCGGGGUGCAAACCGACAGCCUAG